AUGUCUUCGCCUCAUAUGAUGUCGGCCUAUUUGACUGCCAAGAGAGCAGACACAGAAUUUGCAACUCAGACAGCAAGUUUGGUUCCAGCAGACAUGGGAUAUGUGCUAUUUUCAGCAUUUGCCGUGUUUUUGAUUACCCCCGGAAUUGCCCUAUUCUAUGGUGGUGUAUUGAAGAGAAAGAAUAUGGUACAAUUGAUGUUCCAAUCUUAUAUGACAACUUGUGUAAUCGGAAUGAUCUGGUUCCUAAUCGGGUACUCGCUUGCAGGAUCUCCAACUUCAACUUCAAAAUUAAUUGGCAACUUGAAAAUGGCUGCGUUGCACGACACAGAAGCCUAUCCUGUCGUAGCAGGUGGUACUAUUCCUUCAAUUGUCAACUAUUGUUUUAACGUCUUUUUUCCAAUUGCUACAGUACAAAUCUUCAUCGGAGCCAUUGGUGAAAGAGGUAAACUUGUACCCUCUUUAGUUAUUGGUUCUAUCUGGGUUAUAGUUGUCUACUGUCCAUUAGCGUAUUGGGUUUGGGGUGCAAAUGGUUGGUUGUUAAACUUAGGUGCCUUGGAUUUUGCUGGAGGUGGUCCAGUUCAUAUUGCAUCUGGUGUAGCAUCGUUUGCUUACUCAUGGUACAUUGGCCCAAGAGGUCAACCUGGUAAAAGAACAGGAUCUAUUCCUCAAUAUAGAGGUCAUAGUCAGGUUUCUAUGUUCAUUGGUGUCACUUUGAUUUGGGCUGCUUGGUUAUGUUUUAACUCCGGUACAAUGUUGUCAGUUAACAUUAGAACCGGCUAUAUCUUUGCUAAUACCAUUCUUGCAUCUUGUUUUGCAUCAUUUUUCUAUGUGGUUACGGAUAAAUUAUUAACCGGUAAGUUUUCCGUUGAAGCUGCUUGUGAGGGAGUAAUUGUAGGUUUAGUUAACAUCACACCAUCUUGUGGAUUUUAUUGGCCAUGGGCAGCUGCAUUCACAUCUGCAUUGAACGCCAUUAUCUGUCGUUUAUUGGAUCCCAUCAACAAAUGGACUGGAGUCGACGAUUACUCUAAAUCCGGGGUAGUCCAUGGGAUCGGGGGAAUUCUCGGUGGAAUUUUCACCGGAAUUUUUGCUAAUAAGACCGUCGCUGGUUACGAUGGUGUAACGGAGAUUCUUGGUGGUUGGGUAGAUCAUCAUUACAAACAAUUAGGUUAUGAAUUGGCUGCAAUUGCUGCUAUAGUUUCAUGGACUACAGUGUUCUCCUUGAUAAUUUACUUUAUUGUUGAUCACAUUCCGGGAAUGAAAUUGAGAGCUACUCCCGAAGAAGAAGAAUUGGGUAUGGAUUUGGCUGAGAUGGCUGAAACUCUUGAUGAGUUCGGCAAUGACUAUGAGGAAUUCUUCAAGAUGUACCUUAAGUAUAAGCAGCAAUCAAGUUCUGAAUCUUCUGUCAUUGAAGUUCUCAAUGGAAUUGAAGUGGUGCAACAAGGUGGUAGAAGUGUGGAGAAGAUGGACGUUUAA